GAGCAGUGUUCUGGGCAGCUCAGCCUCACAUUGAGUCUCUUGGCUCUGGAAACAGUUCUAGCUCACUGCUUUUCACUAUGGGCUUCAGACUCAGACCUACAUCCUCCUGCACCAGGGCCUGCCCACUUCAUAAUCUCCAGGUCUUGCUGCUGCUGGGCCUGAUCCUCGUUGCGCUGGCUCCCCUUACAGCUGGAAAACCUAAUGACAUGGACCCAUAUAUCGAACUGCGCUGCAGAUGUACGAAUACAGUGUCUGGAAUCCCGUUCAAUUCUAUCUCCCUUGUAAAUGUGUACAGGCCAGGAGCUCACUGUGCUGACGUGGAAGUGAUAGCCACACUGAAGACUGGACAGAAAGUGUGCCUGGACCCAAGUGCCCCUGGCAUCAAGAGAAUCGUCAUGAAAAUCUUGGAAGGUUAUUGACCAGCUGCUUCUUCUGUGCCAAACCAUUUUCCUGUGCAGGAGGGGUUGAGGGUUUAAAAUCUGGACUUGGUAGCAUUAUUUUUCCACUUUGAAAUUGGGAUGCUCUUGCAGUCUGUCUCAGAAAUCACAUUGUAUUCUGAGAAGGCACGAUAAAGAAUGUCACAACAAACAAACAAACAAACAAUGAUGAAGAUGAGCAAGCCAAGUCAUAACCUGCAAUUUAUGGUAUAUUUCUGCAGUUCUUGGCCAACCAUCCUGACAUGUCCUGCAUUUCUCUAUUUGAGCUUUCCUUUUCAAAUGCACUAUGUCAAGUUUUCAUUCUGCAUUUUUAAAAAUUAUUUCUUUUAGUUUUGAGAUUAUAAUGACAUCACUUCCUCUUUCUUUGUUUCUCCCUCCAGACGCUUCUAUAUACCUAUCCUUGCUCUCUCUCAAAUCCAUGGCUGCUUUUUUUAUUUUUUUCAUUGAGUGUUGUUAUAUACAUAGACAAUGGAAAAUUUCACAGUGGUCAAUUGCAAUAGAAAUGGCCUGGAGCCAAGCAGAGCAUUUUCGCUCUGGUCAUGACCAUGUUUUUCCAGUGUCUUAUCCCUAGAAUGCCUUGUUUCCAAGCAACCUCUGCAAUGUUUUACAUGUGUUUUAACCUUGAAAUGGAACAAAAUAAAGCCAUAGAAAGUAAA